ACACGCACACGCACACACACGCACACGCACACACACACACACACACACACACACUGGCUGUCGCAGUUGAAACGCAUUGAAGUAACGACAGCGGGUGGACAGUGUGUUGAAGGGAGGAAAUGUGCCGCGUCGCUAGCCGUAGCUUCGCCUGGCGGAAGGCGGACAGGCCGCGAGUCCUCGGCGUGGUAGUCGUGGCAGAGGCCGGGGAAGGUGCGCGCAGCCUCGGCUCACAACUGGACUCCCGCGGUCCCUGAGGCACGGGCAGGCAGCUGACAGGGUGUCGUGGGGCCCGGGGGUCCGGGCAGUGCAGUCUGAAAGACGAUGACAGCGGAGACCACGACCAGGACCAGGGCUCACCGAAAGACGGUGAGAAGGAAAAAAGCGAGGACGAGGACAGGGAACAGAACGCCUCCAGGAGGAAGAUGGUGGUGCCAGGGCCAGGAGAGCACCCUCUUCAAUACAACUACACCUUCUGGUACUCCAGACGAACCCCAGGCAGACCAGCCAGCACCCAGAGCUACGAGCAGAACAUCAAACAGAUCGGCAGCUUCGCCUCGGUGGAACAGUUCUGGCGCUUCUAUAGUCACAUGAUCCGACCGGGGGAUCUGACAGGACACAGUGACUUCCACCUCUUCAAGGAGGGUAUCAAACCCAUGUGGGAGGACGAUGCCAAUAAGAUGGGUGGUAAGUGGAUCAUCCGUCUGAGGAAAGGCCUAGCGUCUCGCUGCUGGGAGAACCUGAUCCUGGCCAUGCUGGGGGAACAGUUCAUGGUGGGAGAGGAAAUCUGUGGCGCCGUGGUGUCAGUGCGCUUCCAGGAGGACAUCAUUUCCAUCUGGAACAAAACGGCCAGUGACCAGUCGACCACCGCUCGCAUCAGAGACACCCUGCGCCGAGUCCUCAACCUGCCCCCCAACACCAUCAUGGAGUACAAGACGCACACAGACAGCAUCAAAGCAUGGGAAGACUUCCAUGGUCUGGUGAAUCCUAGCAGCGGACGUUAGGCCCUCACACAGAACCUCUGCAAGGGUGUGAGGAUACUUGAUUUGUUGGGGAAUGGCGAGUCCAGGGAAGGAUUCCGCUGCGUGGAUUGGCACUUUGUAAUUCGAAAGACAGAAUUAAAGUCAGGAACAGGGGCGGGGAGAUGAUUCCUUCUUUCGUGCCGAAUUUGAAAUGGAACAGAAAAGCCUUUCAAGUGGACAGUGAACUAAGUCGAAAGGAGAAAUAUGCGUUAUUUUUAAUCAACCAGAGGAGAACAAUGCCUCCAUUUUUUAUGUUUUGUAAUGCAACUUGUAACAUCUGUUAACCUGCCACCAGAGGGGGGCAUGUGACUGGUGUUUGUCAUUAGCUGUUAACAAAGUGUACUUGAGAAAAUACAACAGAACCAACGAGGAAACCAAUCUGUUAUAAUGCUAGAUCGGAUUUUAUUGCUUUACAUCACAUCACACUUCCUGCUGUUUUAAAUAAGUCUGUGCUCAUCUGUAUUAUUGGGACUCAAACAGGGUUGCCAGUAAACGACAUUUUAUUACAGUGCUGUAUUUUAACUACAAUUCCUCUGGUCACUUCGAACUAAAAUGAUUUACUGAUUGCUAUUGUUGUGUAUGAUAUAUUUGUAAAUACACUCCACUUCAAAGAUCACUUAAUUGAAUCAAUGAUGAUUCUCCGUCUUUGACCUGGAGGUCGAAUCCCAAAGGAUGAGGACCAUCCUGUGUUGGGCAGAAGGUUGUGUGGGCGGCAUCUUAAAAUUGGACUGCCAAGCUGCCUCGAUCACUGUGCCUGGCCUCGAGCCCGACCUGAUCCAGGAGUCCCUCUUGUUUGUUUCGUCUUCACCCCGCCUUUAAAUAAUCCAAGGGUUGGGGCUCUGCUUUAAUGUCCUCAGCAAAGGUGUAUUAGGUUUCGCUGACCUUUCUCUCCUUUUUAAUUUUUUAGCAAAAUAAACAAAACUGGGCCCAGGGUCAGGGUCUGUUACAUUUGGUUCCUCUGGAGCAUUUUCAACAUUGUACCAUGUUCAGACAGCGUCUAUAGUUUGUUCAAAAACUGUAAUGCUGCCUAUGUUUGGUUGUGCGAUGAUGGGUGUGUGCGUGCGCGCGUGUCAAAAGUGACGAAACUAUGUUGGAUGUACACCUGAUGGUUUCAAGCAAUAAAUGUCAAAUAUGCAUCUGCUGCUAAAAA